AAGAAAUAAGUGUUAUAAAAAAGAUUUCAAGUCCGACUUCUUUACUCGCAUUCCCCCUCGCUUCCCUGACUGUGGUCGGUCUCGCUCGUUCUUUCUCUCCCCUGCCGCUUGCUAUCUCAACUGAUUUUUCACUAUCUUAUGAAAAAAUUCUGUCUUGCGUUUCGAAAUCCCCUUCGAAUUGUCGUUUUGGAGCUCAUGGUUUAGGUUUUUGGAGAUUCUUCUUAAAGGAAUGCAGAGGGAGAUCGAAACGAUCUCGGUUAUGCUCAAUCACAGCUUCUGUUCUUGAAGAGUUUUUCUCCUUUUGUCACGAAAUCUUGACGUUCGCGGUGGAUCCUAGGGUUUUUCAAAGUGAAGAUCUGGUUGGUGAAACCGGGCUAUGGACUACGGACUUUCCGACAGCAGCGGAACAGAUGAUGAUCUUCCUCCAUCACAUCAAAACAGGGUUCACAGAGGAGGUCGUGUUGCAGGGAAUGGGAGAUCUACUGUUGUGGGUUCUGUCCCGUACGCUAGAAUGCAUAGUGACAUGGAGACCCAGAUCCACCAACUUGAACAAGAAGCAUACAGUUCGGUACUUCGGGCUUUUAAAGCUCAAUCAGAUGCCAUUACUUGGGAGAAGGAAAGUUUAAUAACAGAACUUAGAAAAGAGUUGCGGGUAUCAGAUGAUGAGCACAGAGUGCUUUUAGGCAGAGUUAAUGCAGAUGAUAUCAUCAGGAGGAUAAGGGAGUGGAGACAGGCAGGUGGACACCUACCCGGGCUGCUCAGUAAUGCUCAACCAGUUCACGAUCCAAUGCCCAGUCCUACUGUCUCAGCGUCACGCAAGAAGCAGAAGACAUCACAGUCUGUACCUUCUCUGUCAUUAGGUGCACCAUCCCCAUCGUUGCACCCCCAAACAGGGGCUGGGUCAAUGCAGCCAUCAUCUUCAGCUGCAAAACGAGGAGUUGCGAUAGGAGCUAGAGGCAAGAAGCCUAAAGCAGGUCUGACAAUGCCUGGUGCAUCCUCAAUGAAGUCCAUGCAGCACACCUCUACAGGUCCAACUGGAAGGGGCCAAGUUCCUAAUCGUGCUUCCUCUGGUGCUCUUGUUGCAAAUGAACCAAGUGAAGCAGCAGCAUUUGAUCCAUUGAUUGGGCGGAGGGUGAAGACAAGAUGGCCUGAAGAUAACAACUUCUAUGAAGCCGUUAUAACUGAUUACAACCCUGUUGAGGGACGGCAUGCUCUAGUCUAUGAUAUGAACACACCGGUUGAGACAUGGGAAUGGGUUAACCUUAAAGAGAUCUCACCGGAGGAUAUUCAAUGGGAAGGUGAAGAUCCAGGAAUUUCUCGUCGAGGUGGCCGUGGUGGAUCAGGUCGUGGGGUUAAGAAGAGCAUUGGUCGUGGUGGUGCUCUUCCAGGUGCAGGAAGAGGGAGAGGGGCUGUUGCGAAGGGUCAGUCAAAGAAAGACUUCCCACCUUCACAGAAUGGAAUUGGAAAGAAAGCUUCAGAUGACAUUGAAAUACUCCACACAGACACUCUAAUUAAGGAGUUAUUUGAGCAGGUCGAGAGGGUUUUCAAUACUAGCCAUCCUGAUCCUCAUGAGAUAGAGAAGGCGAAAAAAAUGCUGAAAGAGCAUGAACAAUCACUUAUCGAAGCAAUUGCAAGGCUAGCAGACACAUCGGAUGGCGAAAGUGAUGACCGACAGCGGGGGUGGAGAAAUAGGCAAUUUGGUGGCAACCAGCGCUCAGCAGAUAUUGAUGAUGAGAUGGGCGGAGAAGGCAGACGUGAAGGUUCAGAAGGUGACGAUCAGAUUAACAGAGAAGGUAGAGUAACAGCUGAUGAUCACCAUGACAGGGACGACGGUGAAGAUGACAUGUGAUUUUCCAGGAAUUCACACCUUGGGUCUCUCAACAACGUACAUCCAUGAAUAGCCCACCCCAUGUAUAAUUCCCAUGUUAUAAUCUUAUAUACGUUCUACCCCUGUGGAAUAACAGCUGCAGUUGUGAAAGGAGGGGUUGAUCUCAUUUAUCCAGUGGAAAGUCACUGGUAAAGUUAAGGAAAGCCAUGUAAAAUUAUUUUGAUCAGUGAAUAACCUGUGACCUUGUAACUAGUGUCUUGAAAAGAGCUGCUUCUCUAGUGUUGCAGGUUGUACUUA